AUGGCUGAACUUCCAGAUGCAAUUGACGAGUUGUUUGACAAGCUUACUGACGGCAAAGGUGGACACAAAUAUCAGCAUGGAUUUUCGGAAGAGAACUGGGAAGAGGAAAUGGAACAAGUGCCCUUGUUUAUGACGAAGUCCCCGGAUAAUGUUGAUGCUGACAAGUGUCCUGCUUUGGCAGCGAUGCAGGCUAUUAUCUACGAUGAUGAUAUGGACACUCCAGAAGCGAAGGCUCUAACACUAAAAAACGAUGGAAAUGAACAGUUCAAAAAGAAAAGAUAUGACAAGGCUGUGAAUGCAUACACCGAAGCCAUCAAGCUGAACUGUGGUGAUGAUAACCUCAACACUAUGUUGUACACAAACAGAGCAGCAGCAAAUUUUUACGUGGGAAACAAUAGAUCAUCAUUAGAGGAUGCCAAAGAAGCUCUCAAACUGAGCCCCAGCCACAUGAAGGCAAUAAUCAGAGCUGCUCUUUCAUGUUACAAUCUUCAACAAUAUAAGGAAGCAUUAGACUAUUGCAGCAUUGGGUUGAAGAGAGAGCCAUCCAAUAUGAAACUAAUAGACUUAUCCACUAAAGCAGACAGAGAGAAGAGACGCUGUGAACGUGAUGAGAGAAAAGCAAAGUUGCAACAAAAGAAAUAUGCUAUUAGAAAACAGCAACUACUGGAUGCCUUACAAGCUAGAGAUAUUCAUGUGUACACCAAGCCUUCAGAAGAUUCUACCUCUGAAAGUUUGCAGUUGGUCUCACAUGCCUCACAUCUACAGCAUCUCGAACCUGGGCCUAAUGACACUAGUGUCUACUUGGAUGAUGACGGCAUUCUUCACUGGCCUGUUGUGUUCCUUUAUCCAGAACACAGACAGUCCGACUUCAUUCAGGACUUCAACGAGCAGCACACCUUCCUUGAUCAUCUAGCAAUCUUGCUGGCUGACUUCCCACCAUGGGAUUCUAGACAACAUUACUCUGUUGAAACAGUUGAGGUAUUCUUUGAGCAGCAGGAAACUCAACAUGCAGUUCAAGUCGAUAAAACCAAAACUCUUAAAGAAGCUCUCUCAGACAAAAGGUGCUCGGUACGAGAACAAACUCCUGCAUUUUUUCUUGUAGCAAGAAACAGUCCAUUUUGGAAGACAUUUAAAGAGCAAAUGAGAUAAUGAUCAUGUAUGAAAUGCAACCCGUGCAUCAUAGGUACAUAACAUCUUGUUU